GCUGUCUGCCUUGCUUGGCCGUGGUGGGCUGGCCAUGGCCGGGCCCAGGAGCUCCCUCUUCAUCCGCGUCGUGGAAGCCAAGAACCUGCCGGCCAAGGACAUUACCGGCAGCAGCGACCCAUACUGCAUUGUGAAAAUUGACAACGAAGCCAUCAUCAGGACGGCAACAGUGUGGAAAACUCUGUUUCCUUUCUGGGGUGAAGAGUACGAGGUCCACGUCCCGCCCACUUUCCGUUGUGUCUCCUUUUACGUCAUGGACGAAGACGCCUUGAGCCGAGAUGAUGUCAUCGGGAAGGUCGACCUCACGCAACGCCUCUUAGCUGAACUUCCAAAAGGGCAGAGCGGAUGGGUGAACCUGUCGGAAGUGGAUCCAGACGAAGAGGUUCAAGGGGAGAUCCACCUCCGGAUGGAGAUCCUGGGCAGGAAGCUGCGCUGCACCGUCUUCGACGCCAGGGAUUUGGCUCGGAAAGACCGUAACGGGGCCUCCGACCCCUUUGUCCGCAUUCAGUAUAAUGGCAAAACGCAGGAAACUUCGGUGGUGAAGAGGUCUUGCUUUCCCCGCUGGAACCAGACUUUUGACUUCGACCUGGAGGAGGAUUCCUUUGCAGCCGAGGAGAAGCGCUUCUGCGCCAUUGAAGUCUGGGACUGGGAUCUUGCCCGUAGGAACGACUUCCUGGGGAAAGUGGUGUUUGAUAUCCAAAGGUUGGAGGCCGUUCUGCGGGAAGAAGGCUGGUUCCUGCUCCGGCCGGAGAAAAACAAGCGCAACCCGGAACAGGCCCACCUGGGAUCUUUGCACCUUCAGGUCCAGCUCCGCCAGGAGGUGCUGCUCCCUGCCAUUCACUACCAGCCUCUGGUCGAACUGCUCUGCCAGGAAGUCCAAGACGGAGCAAAGGGCUUCCCGGUCCCGGUCCUGACCCUGAUUGAGGAGACGACGACCUCUGAGCGCCGGCAGGAAGUGUCCGCCACCCUGGUCAAGCUCUUCCUGAGCCACGGCCUGGCCACAGAGUUCCUGGGCCUCCUCUUCCAGAUGGAGCUGGAGAGAACCCCCGAGGCCAACACCUUGUUCCGCAGCAACUCCCUCGCCUCCAAGGCAAUGGAGUCCUUCCUGAAGGUGGUGGGGCUGCCAUACCUGCACGGGGUGCUGGGCCCGACCGUCCGCCACGUCUUUGAAGAGAAGCGAUAUGUGGAACUUGAUCCCAACAAAGUGGAGGCGAAGGAGGUUGGGUGCUCCAGCCUGCAGCGGGUGCCGAGCGAGAACCAGAUGAUAGAUCAGAGCGCCCACGCACUGCGCACUUACCUCUCUGGUUUGCUUUCCGCCGCAUGCGCCUCCGCCGGAGCGUGUCCUCCACUCCUACGCAAGGCCUUCCGCAUCCUCAGCCAGGCCGUCCAAGAACGCUUCCCGGAAGAGGAACACCAGGACAUGAGAUUGGUGGCCGUCACCAGCUUCCUCUGCCUACGCUUCUUCUCCCCGGCCAUCUUGGCCCCAAAGCUCUUCCACCUCUGGCCGAAGCAUCCCGAUGCGCGCACCGGGCGCACACUCCUCCUCCUGGCCAAGGCGGUGCAGAGCGUGGGCAACCUGGAGGCCGGAGGGGCCCGAGGGGCCAAGGAAGCCUGGAUGCGGCCCCUGCAGCCCUCCAUCCGGGAAGGGGCCAGCCAGAUGAGGGCCUUCAUCCUCCAACUCAUCCAGGAAGAGCCGGACCUGCAGGGGGCGCCGCUCCCCUUCCCAGCAGCAAAGGAGGGGCCCUUAUUCCUCCACAGGCAAAAAGGCAAAGGGCCACUCCACCCUUCCUCCACCUCCUCCUCCUGCUCCUCCUCCUCCUCAAAGGAGAAGCUCUACUUCUCCUUCAGCAGUGAAGCCCUCUGUUGCUCCAAGGGGCCCGACUCCCAGAAAAGCCCCUUCCUGCCCUUGGCUGACAUCCUGGCCGCAGAGAAGGUGGACGAGAAGAGCUUCGGCAGCGCCAACGUCCUGCAGGUCAUCUACGCCAACGCCGCCGGAGGAGCCGACACCGCCUACCUGCAGUGCAAGUGCGUGACCGAGCUGCACCAGUGGCUGUCUGCCUUGCGCAAGGCCUGCGCCCGCAACCCGGCCAAGCUGUGCGCCUACCACCCGGGCCUCUUCCGCGGGGACAAGUGGAGCUGCUGUCUCCAAAGGGACCGCGACGGUGUGGGCUGCGACAAAACUCGGCAUGGCGUGACCCUGCGGGAGUGGAGCGACCCCCUGGACCCCCAUCUGGAGGCCCACCUGCUUUUCCGGCACUUGGUUGCCGCCACAGCCCAGGCACCCAGUGGGGAAAAGUCUAUGGAACUGUUGGCUCUAGAAAAUGGGGAAAACUUUCCUUCAAAGCAAGAUGCUGACCCUGUGACUGGGAGGCUUUUCGGGAUCCUGUGGGAUCUGGAAGAGAUCCACUCCCGGGAGCGGACCCAGAACAGCCCUCCUUCGGCCGCCCUCCAGGUCUGACGGAAAGGACACCGGAACCAUAGGAAGGGGCCCCCAAAGGCCAUCCAGCCCAGCCCCUUCCGCCAUAAAGACAGCAUGACAAUGAUAUCACUCCUAUCAUCGGAGCCCCUCAGUGGACACUCUAGCUGCCUUUGGGGUUCUUAGGACACCUCCAAAGUCAUGUAGCCAGCAUGACUGCAUGGAGCGCCGUUACCUUCCCACUGGAGCCGUACCUAUUUAUCUACGCACAUUUGCAUGUUUUUGAACUGCUAGGUUUGUAGAAGCUGGGGCUGACAGUGGAAGCUCACGCCGCUCCCCACGUUCGAACCUGCAACCUUUCGGUCAACAAGUUCAGCAGCUCAGUGGUUUAAUCCUCUGCGGGCUCCCUUGCUCCCUUUAUUAGGAAAAGCCUAUUAAACAUUAAAUUGUGUUACGAUUUUACAAAUUUAGUACCAAAACAUCACGUUUUACAACAAAUUGAGGAAAAAAAAUAGUUCAGUACACAGUAAUGUUAUAUAGUAAAUAAUUUAUUUAUGAAUUUAGCACCAAAACAUCACAAUGUAUUGGAACAGCUGUGGAUCUGGGUGGGAGGCAGAUUGCAUUGGAUGAUACAGAGCGAAGCUUGGAUAAUCGAGACUCUACUGUAUGUGUGUGUGUAUAUAUAUAUAUGUGGAAUCCUUUUAUAAUUUGAAAUAUUUACAAGCCAUUUUUUAAAUAUCGCAGGUACAAAUCAUAUUAACAAUGGAGUCAUAGCAUUAUGAUGACUUGUACUGCUAUAGCUUCUUUUUGAAUUAUCACAGUCACUUUGUUAUAUCCUUAAGAGAACAUAUUAUCCAGAUACGUGGAGAUUGUGUAUAAAAAAUUAACACAGUGAU